UAAAGAUAUUCAAUUAUUUGGUAUGGUUGGAUUGCUAGUCUUUGUAGAUAUGAUUGUUCUAACAUUAUGGGAUCUAAUUGAUCCAUUGAAGAUUGUGAUGCGAUCUGGGCCACAUCAGGAGCAUCCAACAGACAGUGACAUCGUCAUCGUGCCAGUCUGGUUAGUGUGUGAAUCAAUUAACACUAUGUACUGGCUGGGGGCGCUCUACGCGAUUAAAGGGUUGCUGUUGAUAUUUGGGGCUUUUCUAGCGUGGGAAACCAGAAAUGUGACAGUUCCUGCCCUCAAUGACUCGAAGUAUAUAGGUGCAAGUGUAUACAAUGUACUUAUACUGGCAUUCGUCGGGGUUGCCAUCUCACUUCUUAUACAGCAACAAGCCACUGCAUACUACGCACUUAUGUCAAUGUUUAUUUUCUUCGCUACCACUCUGACACAGUGCAUGGUGUUCGUCCCCAAGAUUAAAAGUCGAAACGAAGUUCAGCCAUCAGGCACCAUGCUAACAGCCACAUGGAAAGACUCGUCAGAAACACAGAAAACAAAACAUGACAAAGAAAGAAAACUUGCCGACAUGGCUAAAGAAAUAAGAAUUCUAAAAGAGCAAUUAUCAAUGAGUGAGGACAGAGUACGAGAUUUAGAAAAUAAAAAUCAGCACAAAGAAAAGAGCGAGGAUGAGCCCGUCGCCGCUCAAGUGCAUGGUCCUGAAUAUAGCAAGACUGCCGAGGCGAAGGCGACACGAUCAGACCCGGAUAUGACGCCUGGUUCUGGAAUCGACAAUGCAGAUGAAAACAAGCCAUCCGCGUAAGGGAGAUACAGCUUCACGAAUUCCCGAUAAGUAAAAUGAAGGUGCACGUGGGGAAUUCCGAUGUACGAUAAUCAACCGAGCGAUAAUGACGACACGUGUCACGUGGAUGUAACGUCACACAACCAUCAAAAAUGGACGCCGUCAACGACACAAUGAUUGAGCUGAAACCGGGCGACGUUUUAGGAAUUUGUGAAAACAGCUCUGUACUGGAUUGCCGAAGUUGGUUUGAUUGGUUCAUAGGACAAAUCAAUGCCUGCUACCU